CGCCAUCUCCGCAGUUCUCGCGAGGUUGUGACGGAGGCAGGACCAGUUCCCUUUUUUUUCCCUCGGAACCUCAUCAUUAUGCUCAUCGUCAGCCUUUUUCUUUCCUUUCUCGCUGUUUCCCGAGCGCAGUACGAGCCUACUUGGGAAUCGCUGGACUCGAGGCCGCUGCCCGAGUGGUACGACGCGGCCAAAGUGGGCAUCUUCAUCCACUGGGGCGUGUAUUCGGUGCCCUCCUUCGGCUCUGAGUGGUUCUGGAAAAAUUGGCAAGGUUUCGGAAUUCAGAAGUAUGUAGAUUUCAUGGAGAGGAACUACCGGCCGGGGUUCACGUACGCGGACUUCGCGCCGGCGUUCACGGCCGAGUUCUUCGAGCCCGAGGAGUGGGCGAGUGUGUUCAACGCCUCGGGCGCUCGCUACGUCGUCCUCACCAGCAAGCACCACGAGGGCUUCACCCUGUGGCCCUCGCGCUACUCCUGGAACUGGAACAGCCUCGACGUCGGACCCAAGAGGGACCUCGUAGGUGAUCUUGCCGAAGCUAUAAGGAGCAAAACGCCACACAUCCACUUUGGGCUUUACUAUUCUCUCUAUGAAUGGUUUCAUCCCAUCUUCCGAAGCGACCAGAGCCACCUGUUCACAACCAACGAGUUCGUCACAAAGAAGGUCAUGCCGGAACUAAACGAUUUGGUGAACAAAUACGAGCCCGAAGUGAUCUGGUCGGACGGCGACUGGGACGCCCCCGCCCUUUACUGGACGUCGAAGGAGUUCCUGGCGUGGCUGUUCAACGCCUCCCCCGUCAAGGACACGGUGGUGGUCAACGACCGCUGGGGGACGGGGGCCAUCUGCCACCACGGCUCCUUCUACACUUGCGUCGACAGAUAUAACCCUGGCGUGCUGCAGAAGCACAAGUGGGAAAACGCCAUGACACUGGACAGGGACUCCUGGGGCUACCGACGUGAGGCUAGCGCGUUAGACUAUCUCUCCUUCCACGAACUCGUGACUGAGUUGGCGGAAACCAUCAGCUGUGGAGGUAAUCUGCUGGUGAACGUGGGUCCCACGCACGAGGGGCGUCUCCCCGCCAUCAUGGAGGAGCGCCUUCGGCAACUCGGCUCGUGGCUCGACGUCAACGGCGAGGCUGUGUACGAUUCCGUUCCCUGGAAGCACCAGAACGACACGCUCACUCCCGGAGUUUGGUACACAAGCAAAGGCAGCCUCGUGUACGCCAUGGUGCUAUCGUGGCCCGAGAAGGACGUGUUGACUCUUGGAUCCGUGCGCUCGACACCCCAGACACACGUGUCCAUGCUGGCCUACCAGGACGACCACGGUAGCAGCAGUCUCCAGUUCACCAUCCUUCAAGACGGAAUAGCAGUGACAUUCCCUGCCAUGUCUCGCGUGGCCAGUCAGUGGGCGUGGGUGCUCGUCCUCCAAGGCAUCGAGCCUGCUUAGACCGCUUAGGCCUCUUUUAUGAAUGCAUGCCGCCUCUCUGUUGUUUAUAUAAUACUUUGUUUUGCUUAUUUCAAGCAUGUCUGGCUUUGAAUAGAUCACCACGGUAUCUUGUUUA